AUGGGAAAUGCUUGGGAUCGGAGAAAAUGCCUCGAGCUCGUCCAGAGCGUCCAAACCCUCGCAGCUGCCAAGGAUCUACACGCAGCCAUUGUGAAUUGCAGGGAUUUCUCUUCCAGCCGCGAUAUCUUCCUCUCCAACAAGCUCAUCGAAAUGUAUGGGCGGUGUGGGAGCGUCCUCCACGCACAACAAGCCUUCGAUCGAAUCGCCGCCAAGGAUAACUUCUCGUGGGUGUUGCUGCUACACGCGUACUCCCGCAAUGGCUACUUGAGAGAGGCCAAAUCCACCUUUGACGCGAUGCCCCAGCCCAACAUGGUGGCCUGGAACGCGAUGCUUGCGGCAUUUGCCAAGAACGGGCAAUUGCAGGGAGCGAGACAAAUCUUUGACACAAUGCCAGCGAGAAAUCUCGUCUCGUGGGUCACAAUGCUUGAUCUGUAUGCGCGAAACCACCUAGCUGGCGAUGCAACUUGGUUUUUUGAUAACAUGCCUGACAAAGAUCUUGUAUCAUGGAACGCUAUAUUGUCCGCAAAUGCCCGUUGUGGGUGUUUAGAGAAAUCUAAAUAUCUCUUUGAAACUAUGCCGCUAAGAAAUGUAAUUUCGUGGACGAACUUGCUAGUUGCUUAUGGCCAAAAAUAUUUAGUUUUAGAGUCUAGGAGAGUCUUUGAUUUAAUGCCUGAAAGAGACCAAGUUGCAUUAACAUCACUGCUCGCAGUGUAUGCCCAAGCUGGGCAUAUUGAAGAAACGCGGCUGGUUUUUGAUGGAAUCCAGCACCAAGACAUGGCGUCGUGUUCUACCAUGCUGGGGGCGUAUGCCCAAAACGGGCACCUUGACGAAGCCAAGAAGAUUUUUGAUAACAUGCCAGUUUGUGAUCUCGUCUCUUGGAACUGCCUUGCCAGUGCUUAUGUGUGGAAUGGGGAUUUGGAGUCGACGAAGCAAGUCUUUGAUGUUAUGCCGGAGAAGAAUGUGUUCUCCUGGACGAUCAUUCUCGCUGCUCAAGCACAGAGAGGCCAUCUUGGAGACGCUGCAAAAACUUUUAGAGGAAUGCCACAGCGAGAUUCCAUCUCAUGGAGUGCUAUGCUCGCUGCCUACACGCAAAAUGGAAAGCCAGAGAUUGCCGAGGAGAUUUUCCACGAGCUCAAGAUGGUUUACUCCCCGGAUCAUGUAUCUUUUGUCUCUGGAAUGAUAGCUUGUGCGCAUCAAGGCAAAGUUUACCAAGGACGAUGCCACUUUGUGUCCAUGGUCGAAGAUUUUGGCCUCCCUCCACUCAAGCAGCACUACUCGUGUGUGAUUGACUUGCUUGGAAAGGCGGGAUACUUGGAGUUUGCUCACGAGCUCAUGAGUUGUAUGCCUUUUGUGCCGGAAGCCGUGGACUGGCUCUCCUUCCUGGGCUCGUGUCGAAGUUACAAAGCUCUUGGCUAUGGCGCUUUUGUCGCAGGCAGUGCUCUUGACUCUGGAGCCGUGAAGGACUCGUCAGGUUAUGUCCUCCUUGCAAGUCUCUUCUCCAUGGAGAAGAAGUGUGUCGGCUUUCCGGCACAUAGAGAUGAGCUCUUGAGCGUCGCCCAAACUUCCACCCCGACCGAAAAGAUCGACCACGCAGCUAAAAAAGCCGAGAGCAUCAGGACAGCACUUGCUCCUCGGCUGGCAAUGGCGUUGAAAAUCCCCUUCGCGUACCUCGAUCGUCCAGAGAUCGAGCGCGGCGUGCAGCUGCGCAAUCGCGAUCAGGAGGAGUAUGGCCUCUACUUUGUCAUGUCUACUCAAAAUGAAGGAUUCAAUGACUUGUCCCAGGCGGUAUGCCUUGCCAAUGUUCCUCUCCGAUCUGAGCAAGGAUCGGCUGCCUUCGUUUGUGAAGGCAGUGAUGUGAAACUCAGGGAGGAAAUGAAAGAUGCUAUGCUAAAGUCGGGCGUCAAGGAUCCCGCUCUAGCACACUGGAUCCCUGCUAUGCAGCUGCAUUUGCUCUAUCAGCUCAUCAAGGUGCUAUCCAAGUAUUUCCGAUCCUGUCCAUGGAACGGCAUGGAAUGCAACAUGACUUUAAUGGUCCUUGACGAGUUGACAAGUGCUUUCGUUAAAUGGCAUGGGCGAGGUGGAGAGAUUCGUGCUCGUCGCGCUGUGCAUCCAUGA